GAGCACGAGAAGCCGAAGUACGAGCACGAGAAGCCGAAGUACGAGCACGAGAAGCCGAAGUACGAGCACUGGCGGUAUAAGCGAGGUAUUCCAGAAAAAGAGCAUGAACGAUACCCUAACUAUGAAAUCACUGGCCGUCGCACUUCUUUUCUGAAAUAUGGAGGUAACUUCCACGGUGGCGCCAAGGAAUACCAACCAGUUGCGUCGAAAGAAUUCAGCUCCAGUAAACUGUACGAGUUGGAAGGAUACGGCAGAGAUCGCACUGGUCACCACAAGAGCAAUUACGCACAUUUAAAACACUGA